CUGUGCUGUAAAAUCACUUUCAUAUUGUAUUGAUGUUUCAUACAUUUGAUCUGAAAUUAAAACAUGGGGCUGAAGGGGAAAGUGAUCAAUCGCCGGGCCGCAAUGAUCGUGUUCGCAAAGCAUGUGAGCUAUGUCGACAGAUGAAGGUCAAAUGCGACGGGACCCAUCCCUGCAAGCAUUGCUCUCAUUCUUUCCACGGUAGGAGCUUCUCAAGCCUCGGGAACCGUCAAUGAGCCUAAGGGCUCGUCGCAAAAAAUCUAUGUAUAACAUACUAGUAACCAAAGAGUGCAUCUAUUGCGUUACACAUCGGAAAAGACGCGCCGACCCGGACCACAGAACCUUCGCCAGACCAGGCAAAAAGCCGAGCUUACAGAAGAGCUCGAACCAUAUCGAUGACUCGGAUGCAGACGCUUCGCAGCUUGCUGCUUGUCAGCCAGACACGCCGGAAGUCAUGCAUGAAGUCGAUAGGGAAGAGGGCCGGCUGGAAGCACGACACCAUGGGUCUUCCGGAGAGCGGUCUUUUAUAGAACGACUGAAGCUAGAACUCGGAGACUCCCCAGGCAUCGACUUUGAAAGCAAAUCGCGCGUGAAAGAGCGACUGGCUCCCAGGCUGUUUCUGCUAGGAGCCCCAAAUUGCUUAUCGAGGACUUCUGCGCCUCUCCCACAGCGCGAAAGGGCACAGAUCCUAGUCAACCAGGCUUUGGAUGCGCACUUACUCUACAAUGCUCUGCAUCGUCCCACCUUCACUUCUGUCUUUCAGCUGUUGUACUCUCUCGAUAGAGAAGUCUACAGAGAGACAGAGAUUAACCACUUUCCCCUCCUCUACUCGCUGAUGGCGGUAGGCUGCCUAUUUGAGAAACACAACGAACAUCACCCCGCGGAGCCAUUAGGGGGCUCGCUUGCUGAAGGGUGUGUUGCCUCCCACGGAAACAGAUCUACUGACCACAUAUUGGCCAUAACAGUUUGAAGUAAUUCAAAACCUGCCGCGAUAUGGUUGACCUCGAAGCUUGUGAUGAUCUUUUUGCCAUGCAGGCCAUUUUUUCAUGAAUAUCUUUCUCAUCAGCACAUGUAGAUUAUCCCGGUGCUUCACGUAUUUUUUUCAUAUGCUUUCCUUGGCUUUUCGCAUGGGCCUGCACCGUCCCAGUAAGACAGAUAGUCCGGUCGUUGUCGAGACCAAACGAUGUCUUUUCUGGGCUAUAUGGCAACUUUUGGUCACUUUAGCUUCCAUGUGCGGCCUCCCAAAGCCUGUACCUGCUGAUGAGAUAGGGAUGGAUUAUCCCGAGGCUAUAGCCGUCAGUGUUCAGCCAGAUCAAGAAAGUGUAGGGGCUAAGCAGAGUGUUCAGGUCCCAGAAACGAUACCGAGUCAUCUGAGUUACCUG